CCUGAAGUUUAUUAACAUCCGCACCCUCAUGUUUUCAGAAGUUGUUCUUCCGUCCCUCUCCAAGGUUAUGGUUGCAGCUUUGAACUGAGAGCAUCAGAGCCAUCAUCGUGUACACAACAAAGAUUGUAGAAGAAAAGAUGACAAACAAGGACUUAAUUCCAGAGCUUGUACAUUUUUCAUCGAUGGUUAGCCGACCGAAUUCGUAUGGGGCUGUUGUUUUAGGAGGUACAUUUGAUCGCUUACACGAUGGUCAUCGCCUUUUUCUUAAGGUAGCUGCAGAGUUGGCUAGGGAGCGAGUUGUCGUUGGUAUUCUUGACGGUCCUAUGUUGUCUAGAAAGCAGUUUGCUCAUCUGAUUACGCCUAUUGAGCAGAGAAUCAAAGCUGUUGAAGAUUAUAUUAAGUCAAUCAAGCCUAACCUUAUAGUGCAAGUUCAACAUAUUACGGAUCCGUAUGGUCCUUCAGUUGUUGAUAAGGAUCUUGAUGCUAUUGUUGUCAGUGAGGAGACUCUACCAGGUGGAUUGUUGGUAAACAAAAAGAGAGCAGAGAAUGGCCUUUCACCAUUAAAGGUUGAAGUUGUAAAUCUUGUAUCUGAAGAAUCUAGUGGGGAAAAACUGAGUUCUUCGACAUUGAGGAAGCGUGAGGCUCAUAUUGCUGGAAAACUUUAGGUAGGAUAAAAGGUAUGUAAUUGUAACAUAUUGCAAAAGCUGAUUUAAAGCUUCUUGUUGGGUUUGUAUUUUAUAAGUUAUGCUGUAGAUAUCAAAACAUUAUCAUCUGUUUUUAAAUUGUCCAACACAUGAUUGAAAAUGAAAGAAUAAACAAAUGAUUUUCUUUAUGAUUGCUUACAUUUUUGUCAAACACUUUGCAAAUUUAUACUUAUAUUCGAGAUAAAUCAUGAAUCUGGUGAUUUAGCAUGGUGGAAGAUCCUUAGGCGGAGGACGGACGGCCUGACCUUUUCCAGGCCCAUUUUCGACGACCAACACGGUCUUUAAUCCCCAACCAGUAUGCAACUCUAAAUGACAAUGAAAAAACCAAACUCCUGGAUUAUCAGCUCUAAACUGAAUUGCAGACCAACCUCCUGUGGGAACACCGACAGUGUUUCUUUCUGGGGGAUGCCUUUGUACUGGAGGAUGGCAGUGGCUGUUUUAUUGUCUACGGGAAUUGGAACAUCCUGGAAUGGUCGGACCGCCAUGAAGUACCGUCCUGGAGCACGGUUGGCAUAAACUAAGACAUUUGUUGUUUGGCCAGGGGCAAUUAGUAUCGCCGAGGUGGUGAAAAGUUUUGUGUAAACGGCAUCAAUCUCAACCACUGUCAUGUUGUGCCCAGCAACAGCGAAGAAGAGCUCGUCGUUGAGGGCAGCAUUUGCGAUCCUCAGAAGCUUCUGCUUGAAGGGGAACCAAGGAGUCAAGGACACAAGUAUGAAAACAAAAAGAAGAAUGCAGCCGGUUUGUUGGAAUAAGAAGUUUGAACCACCACGAGACACCAUUUUUCUUUAGCUGGCCUGAAAGUCGUGUCCUGUCCUUUGAAUGAAAAAAGAGAGAUGAAUGUAGAUGAGACAUACAUACAAACAUGUAUUUAUACGUGUGACUAUAGAUAUUAGGUAAAGGAGAAGUAAGCUAGAUGUAAAUGAAGACUUGGAAGUUAAAUAUGUGGAGAUGUGAAGUUUGAAUUGAAA